UGGCAUAAGCAGACCCAACCUGUCUAAUCUGAGUCGGCAACGGCAUCUGAGUUUUUGUUGGCAAAAGUUUGUAAAUAAUAAAAAGUUUGAGGAAAUUAUAGGAACAUGCUUUCUCGAGUAUCCAAAUUAGUUGUGAAAAAUUUAAAUCGCCGAAAUUGCCAUGCACUUUGCCACAACAACAAAGUUAUUGAAUUGGGUGACAAGACGAAAUGUUUCAAAGGUAUUUGGAGUAGAUAUGGCAUAGUUUCAAGUAUUCACGACUUUAGCGCUGCCGAAACAUUUAAAUCAUCAAAAUUGCAGUUGGUGUCACAUUUUGAACGGACAAUCAAGAUUGAUUCAAUACUUCGAAAUAGUUGUUCUGCUGAUUUAUUGCAGGCUGCGGAUUAUGUGGAUGAUGACAAUCAGUUUUCGAGGAUGUAUCAAAAGGUCCUGCCGCAAGAAGUCAAAUUAUUGGAAAUUGAUGGCUUAGACACUUUGACAAGAUACCCUCACAGUAAUGAAGAAUUCAUCAAUUAUACAGAGGCUUUUUCGACAUUGAGAUUCACUAAAACAUCGAUGUCGAUUUUAUGUAUCAAUUUCAAUCAAGUAUUUACCGUUCGUGCAUGUCAUCAAUUGUUGGAGAUGUUUUAUUAUGUCAAAUACAGUGAAAAAAGUAAUUUAUCGGGUAAAUUAAAAGAGAAGAUUAACGAAAUUUCUGAAGUUACGAAAUCCAAAACUGAAGGGUUUGAAGUGAAAAAAAAACUUGACGAUUUAAAAAAACGAGCUGAAAAAUUAGAAUUAAAACGCAGAUGGGAAGAAUUACAAAAACAAAUAGAACGAAUGGAGCUCAAGCGAAGGUUAGAAGAGCUGCGAAAGUAUGCAGAAAAGUUGAAAGAUAAAGCGGUUGAGAGCGGUAUCCCACAAAAGGUUUGGAAAAAUGUGAAAGAAAGUAUUGAAAAAAUAAAAUCAAAUAGAGUAGGGGUGGCGGAUUCUAAAAAUUCUAGCGACAGGAAACCGGACAUUUCCGCCAAGAACAAAAAUGUUAAAAUAUUGAAGAGCCACAUUCGAUAUGGAUGCAGUUGCCGACCAAUAACAACUAAAAGUAAUGGAUUUUUGAUAAAUUCAAAAAGAUUUUACGGCAAUAGAAAAGAAUCACCAAAAAGCCCAAAGCCAAGCACAUCGCAAAGUUCACCGCCAUGUCAACCUUCACCGCCAUGUCCACCAAAAUCUAAGCCAUGUCCACCUUCACCGCCAUGUCCACCGAAAUCUAAACCAUGUCCACCUUCACCGCCAUGUCCACCGAAAUCUAAACCAUGUCCACCUUCAUCGCCAUGUCCGCCGAAACUUCCACCGAAACCUCAACCGUGUCCACCGAAACCUAAACCAGCAUGUCCACCUUCACCGCCAUGUCCACCGAAACUUCCACCGAAACCUAAACCAGCAUGUCCACCUUCACCGCCAUGUCCACCGAAAUCUAAACCAUGUCCAGCUUCACCGCCAUGUCCACCGAAAUCUAAACCAUGCCCACCUUCAUCGCCAUGUCCACCGAAACUUCCACCGAAACCUCAACCAUGUCCACCGAAACCUAAACCAGCAUGUCCACCUUCACCGACAAAAUGCCCGCCUCCAUCGGAAUGUCAACAUUCACCUAAAUGUUCACCAAUUAAACCGCCGAUUCCACCGAGAUUAAAUCCACCAACAAGUCCAUCGGAAUAUAACCUGAUGAAUUCAUCGAGAUCAUCCGAGGGAUACAUGGACCUAUGGGAGACAACAACCGGGUCACGGAAGAAACGUUCGUCAUCCGAGAGAUUCCAACCUUACUCAUUCGAGCGUCGUUCACCUAAACGGCUUUCUUACCGCGAAGAAAUGGUAUCUUUUGAUGUAGCCGGCACACCAUUGCCGUAUUCUGAUUCGGGCUUCGUCAAUGUCACUGAACGGCGUCGGGCCCGACGAACAUCCACCGUAAACAGCGGUAGCUUCCGCGAUGUCUAUGUAUGGCCAUCCGAACCAGCACCCCUCGUACCCGGCGGUAGCAUGCCGCUGUCUCCUCCAGCAAGCCCGCCAGAGCGUUAUGUUACGAUGCCGCUGUCUCCUCCAGCAAGCACGCCAGAGCGUUAUGUUACGAUGCCUUUUGAUAAGCGUACAUAUUCGGAACCUAGGAAUCAUACUUAUAGCUCACAUUACUGGGAAGGAUCUAGCACUCCUAAUCGUCCGAUACCGCAUAAUUUUCGGCAAAUUGCAUCUGAACCUCGUGGUCAAAUUGUUGAUAAAAACAGACAAUAUCCAAUGUCGUUUCGACGAGAACAUCCGUUGGCACCUGCGGCAGCAGAGGUAAAUCCACGGGAGCGUAGUAGGCUUGGGAAGACUCGUAAAAAAUUGUCUAAUUUCUUCAAAAAAUUUUCGAGGAGAAUGAGUACACAUGCCCAUUGUAAUGCUGCUUAUAAAAAUUACGGUAAAAAGUUUGGAGUGGUAUCAAAAAAAAUUGGAGUGGGACCAAGGUUACACUAUAAAAAAACUUUAAUUAGUAACAUAAAGAAAACUCCAACAGACGCACAAUAA